AUGGCCCGUCUCCUCACGACUGCAGCUCUCAUCGCGUCUGUCUCGGCCACCCGAGCCAACUGCGACCCCAAAGUCCCGUCCGUCAAUGUCCCAUCGUGCUCUCGCGGCACCGGGACCAUCGAAUACGACAAGACUGUCCCAGAUCUCAAGCCAUUCCCUCGCACCCAGGUUGACCUCUGCUACACGGACACUCACCUGGACGUGAGGUUCACCGCGCGCGACGAAGUAAACUUCUUCUUCAACUCGUCCCAGGGCACCAACAGCGACAUCUGGGCGUACGAGAUCAUGGAGGCCUUCAUUUACAAGGGCACGGACAGCCCGCAGACCUACCUUGAGUUCGAGGUGAAUCCAAACAACGUCACCUACCAAGCCUUUGUGUACAACCCGUCCAAGGUGCGCGCCGAGGGUGCCCCGUUCGACCACUUCUUCGUGUCGGACCCUGCCACAGACGGCUUCAGCGCCGUGACUACGCUUGAGAAGACGGAGCAGCUGUGGGUGAGCGACGCCAGGAUCCCCCUGGGCUUGUUCAACGUCGACAACGGCAGGGCAAAGGGCACGCGGUGGAGAAUGAACUUCUUCCGGACUGUAGUUGGUCCUCGGACGUAUCCUGAUCAGGAACUUGGCGCGUGGAGCGUCCCCGACAAGGCGAGCUUCCAUAUAACGCCCUGCUUUGGAAAUGUCAAUCAUUCAUCAUGUUUGAGUACUGUUGGCACCAAUCGCGGUCAGACAGUGUCUCCGAUGUGCUGA